AUGGCCUUGGUUCUGCCGCUGCUGCCUUUGUUGCUCUCAAAGGUCCAAGGGAAUCCCGAGGUUUCUUUGGAGGGCAGCCCUGGGGACCGGGUGAAUCUCUCCUGCAUAGGGGUCUCCGACCCCACCCGCUGGGCUUGGGCGCCUAGUUUCCCAGCAUGCAAGGGCUUGUCCAAACGGCGCCGUCCUAUCAUCUUGUGGGCCUCGACGAGAGGGACCCCAACUGUGCUCCAGCACUUCUCUGGCCGCCUGCGUUCCCUGGACAAUGGUAUCAAGCGGCUAGAGCUGCUGCUGAGCGCCGGGGAUUCUGGAACCUUUUUCUGCAAAGGACGCCACGAGAAUGAGAGCCGCACAGUGCUUCAAGUGUUAGGGGACAAGGCAGGUUGCCGGCCUGCAGGAUCUACCCACGGGUCCGAGUAUCCCAAGAUCCUGAUUCCGCUCCUGGGCGUUGGGCUUGUGUUGGGACUGGGAGUCGCGGGCUUGGUCUGGCGGCGGCGCAGACGCUCGCCUCCGCCCCCACCCCCGCCCCCGCCUAGACCACUACCCACAUUUGCUCCAGUCAUAAAUGCUGAGCCACAGAGGCCUUUAGAACAGGAGUCCAAGAUCUCAGGCCUGGAUUACCUGGACCAGGAACCGAGCCUGCACUAUGCUGAUCUGGACCACUCUGUCCUCGGGAGGCACCGCCGGAUGUCCACAGUGGUUUCUGGUGAUGCCUCCACUGUCUAUGCGGUUGUAGUAUAA